ACAAGAAGAAGAAGAAGAAACAUAUCACAGAACUGCGCAUGUAUGAAAAAGUUAACUACAAACGCUGUUGAACAAGAUCUGUUUAGGAUAAUUUUGGAAGACAUCGGGGAAUAUCGCAACCAAAUCAUAACCGUUACCCGCCAUACCACAACCUCCACAGACCGGUGAGAAUACUUCAGGGUUACGCUUGUUAGCUAGUUAGGGAGACGCGCUGUCCAACUUUCCAUACAGUUCAGUUCAUGAGGAAUGUAAAAAGUCAGUUCAGAGUCCGCCCAUUUGCUGAACACCCUGCUGCAAAUGUUUGUGUAGUUAUAGUAACAUAGUAGAUUAAUAUUUAUUUGAACAGCAGUUGAGUUUCUUCAGAACACUCAUGGACCGUAAUGGAGCAGCAGAGGGUCCUCGGCCAGACGGGGGACCCUUCAAUGAUUUAGGGACAGGCAUGGGAACCAGUGUCGAGCAUGAUGGCAGGUCAAGACUAAAAGCAACUCCGUUCCACAGAGUCAGCACACGGCCUGCUGGCUCCCCUCUAAGAAGGUUUGGAUAUUCCGGCAGCCUGUUACUUAGCACAACUGGACAAGUCACGACUCAACUUCCGACGGAUGUGCAUCUUGCAGCAUCCGUCGGAACUUCAGACGCCCACACAUCCAAUACAAAACAUCCGUCAUUUGAAAAUACGCAUACAAGAACACGUGGAGAUGAGAAGUCUGCUGGGAAGAGAACCAAUUUGGUCUUGACAGACAUGGACACUUCAGUGUCACCUGAGGUCACAGAGAUUUGUGUUAAAGAUGAAAAGAGAGCUGUCGUCAUCUCCGCUAAACCUCACUCAGCUAUGAAGAAGAAGAAAAGGAAGAUGGGACUCUACAACUUUGUCUCUAAAAAGAAAGCAAAGCCUUUGAAACACCUGAAAAAUUACGGCGCUGUGCAGAUGAGCCAUUUUGGAGAAGAUGGGAUUACAAAAUCAGGAGACACCUCAAGUAUGAGACGUGAAUCUUUGACUGAAGCCCAAUCUGGGGAAGCAAACAAUUUUGAAUACACAGAGCUGAAUUUAGACUGUCUUGGUCUGAAAAGUCAGGAAGAGCUGCUUUUACCUUACUCAACAGACCUUGCUGAGGUGACAGACUUAGACCUGGCUGAGGAGUUACCAUUGUGCUGCUGUCGUAUGGAGACUCCUCCCUGUGGAGGCAGAUUGUCUGAACAGGAUCAGACCUGUAUGGCCGUGGAGAGCAUAGACGGAAUGCUGAAUCGUUGUCAGAGACAUGUGAUGAAGCGUGAAAAGAUGAGGCCUUCCAAUUUAGUCCAUUUGCUGGUUUUGUGUGAGAAUCACAGGGCCAGCAUGGUUAAACACCAAUGCUGCCCCGGCUGUGGACUCUUCUGUAGUGUGGGUACCUUCAUGGAGUGCCAGCCUCAUGGUAGCAUUUCACACCGCUUUCACAGAGAUUGUGCCUCCGUUUUAAAGAAUCGCAGGUUUUGUCCUCACUGUGGAGAGGAUGCCAGUCGGGCGAAAGAGGUCACAAUGCCCUCAUUCUCCCUUCAAAGGUCAAACAAGGAAUCAUCACCUACAUCUCCUCUGCCAAGACCUGCUACACAGAUGCUCAGGGCUAAAAAGACUUGCGAGCCACAAAAAAGCAGAGAGCUGAACUUCAGCAGUGUUUCUGCAGGCAGAAGUUCUAACAUAUCACUAGAGCGUAUACUGAUGGGACUAGAUGAUGAAAACCUGAAAUCAACAAAAGUAAAUUACCCGACUGGACAGCUCUACAUUUCUGCAGAAGAAGGAGAGCUCCAGAGGGUCAUUCAUCUAUUAGUUGAUGGAAAGGAUCCCAACUGUCUGAUGGAUAACCAAAACAAACGAACACCCUUACAUGCUGCUGCAACUGAAGGGCAUGAAGAAAUUUGCCAUAUGCUAAUUCAGGCUGGAGCCAACCUGGAGAUGCUUGAUGAAGCGCAGAGAACACCCCUGAUGGCAGCUUGUGAAAAUAACCAUUUAGAGACAGUAAAGUACCUGAUUAGGGCUGGAGCAUCUAUAAACCACAAGGAUGUAAUGGGUUUCACCUGUCUGCAUCUGGCUUCUAAACUGGGACAUUAUGGCAUCGUGCAACAUCUGCUCACCAGGUCAUCCAAGUGCAUCAAUUGUCAGGAUGAUGGAGGAUGGACACCCAUCACCUGGGCAAUUGAGCACAAGCACAAGAAGGUAUUCUACCUGUUGCUCGAAAACGGGGCAGACGUUAACAUCAGAGAUAAGGAACAGAACGUCUGCUUGCAUUGGGCAGCUUUGUCGGGGUGUGCUCGUCUCACCCAGGCUUUGCUGGAUGCACAUUGUGACCAAAAUGCUGCCAAUGCUCAUGGCGACCUGCCAAUUCAUGUUGCUGCCAGAGAAAACCAUCUAGAAUGUGUAAUGUUGUUUUUGUCUAAUGGAGUUGUCCUGAAUCACAAGAACAAAGAAGGACAAACUGCUUUGGAGUGUUGCAUCAAUGGCUCAAAGGUAUGGGUGGCCAUUAAUGCAAGCAAAAAUAUGAUUGAUACCAGGAUGAACCAGGACUGUCUUGGAGAGCAGAUACUCUUAAGGGACAUUUCUCGGGGGUAUGAGACAGUUCCCAUAAACUGUGUUAAUGGGAUUGACAAUGAACAAUAUCCUGGAAACUUCAACUACAUACCAGACAACUGUGUCACUUCCCCAGUAAAUGUCAGCAAGGACAUAACUCACCUGCGGCAUUGCAGUUGCACAGAUGACUGCUCAUCCAGUACCUGCACUUGUGGUCAGCUCAGUCUGCAAUCUUGGUAUGAUAGUGAUGGCCGCCUGUUACUGGAUUUUGCUCAGCAAGAUCCUCCAGUGCUCUUUGAGUGUAACCAUGCUUGCUCAUGUUGGAGGACCUGCAAGAACCGAGUUGUUCAAAAUGGACUGAGAGUCCGACUUCAGCUCUUCAAAACGGAGAAAAUGGGCUGGGGAGUGAGACUCAUGCAGGAUGUUCCACGGGGGACAUUUAUUUGCGAGUAUGUUGGUGAGAUCAUAACUGACACAGAAGCUGACACAAGAGAGAAUGAUUCUUUUCUCUUUACACUAAACGAUAAGGUAGAUGACAUACAUUGCAUUGAUGCAAGACUUUUUGGUAACAUUGGCCGCUUCAUUAACCAUUUAUGUGAGCCCAACCUAUUGGCCCUGAAGGUAUUCACCAUGCAUCAAGAUUUGCGGUUUCCAAGGAUUGCUUUCUUCUCCAGCAGAACCAUUAAAGCUGGUGACCAAAUCGGGUUUGACUACGGUGAGCACUACUGGAUGGUGAAGAGUAAAUAUUUCAACUGCGAGUGUGGUUCACCGAAGUGUCGGUACUAUUCUGGAAGAUGAAAGAUUGACGACCACAUUGUAAUAUAACAGGAGUUUUUUUUUCUGUCCCUUUCUGUACAUAUGAAAUGUACCAUUUUCCAUAUUGCUGGCGUCAGGCGUAAGCCUCCUAUGUCAAGUUUGCAAAUUUCACAUUUUUGUCACAAAUCUAUACUAUUGGUGUGUGUGUGCGCGCGUGUGUGUGUGUGCGAGCUUUUUUUCUUAUACAAAUUAAUAGAGCUGUGCACAAAUGGGUCGUAAUUCGUUCACCCGUCCGGCAAAUUGAUAAUGGAAUUUAUAUGAUGUCGUCACCGGAACCAGCAUUUUGUUUUCAAGGUUUCUGUACUGCAAGUCCGCUUAUGACAUAAACUUAAAGCACCAGUUGACAGAUCUUAAGAUGUGUAGAGACUGUACACAUGAAAUCAUACCUGAUGUAUUUAAUCUACUAUAAAUCUUUUCGUCGCACCCAGCAA